AUGGAAGGAGGAAAUGGGGUGCCCGAGUGUAGUGAGCUUGCAGAGCUGGAGAACGCAGCAGCAGACGAACCUGAGCUUUUCACUACUUUUUCCGUGAAAACGCUUCUCGGAUUUACAGCUAAACUUGACUCUGCGGCUUCCAGAGAAGAAACAACAGUGCUUAAAGCAUUCCAACCUUUGCACCCCAGUGUAAACAACCCUGCUAACACCUGGCAUGUGAGGAAUGAUGAUGGUUGUAGCGACGGCUCAGGAGAUCAGCACGCCGUGAACAGUGCCAGUGGCCAAGCUGACCCAGUGGCUGGCAGGCAAACCGGCCUGGAACUGGACUUAGCUGAACAAAAUGAAUUGCUUCUUCACCACCUGAGGCUGGUACAGGCUUCUUUGUCUGAAUCUGACAACGACGACAAGGAUGCUAUUCUUGUGCAGGGGACUUUGGUUCAUACAACAAGUGACACAGAGUCAGAUGUGGAGAGUAAGGACUUGGAGACCGAUGCAGACUGUGCGAGCGAGUCGGGGCUCAGCAGCGCUGCUGUGUCUGCUGAGGCUUUGGGUGAUAACAAUCGACACAAGGAAGAGUCAGAAUCAGAAGGGCACAGCAGCAGCGAUGACGCUGUGGGUACGGAUGACAUUGAGUUACACCCAGCACUUUCUAAGCAGCUCUCCAAAGAGCUGGAUGAUGUUCUGGAGCAUGACUCCUGUGGAAAAGACAGGCUAUUAAUGGAUGAGCAGUUCAGUCGCUCGCUUGCUACAGGGGAAUGCCCUCCAGAACUUCUGCCUGAAGAACAAAGACCUUCAGCUGAUCAUACGUUGCUCCCCAAAACAGCGCUGGCUGAAAAGACUUUCCAGCUGCCUGCUUUCUUCAGUGGGCUGCGUGUGAGGAAAAAGGGACUACCCACGGAGCAUGGGGAAACUGUGACAGAAAUCAAACCACGGGAGAAUGAUUUAGCUCUGCUUAAAUUACGCCAGCCGGUGAAGAAAUCCAGCAUCACCUCAGGUCUGACCACCAGGAGAAAAUCAGCUGAGCCUAAAGCAAGUCCUACCUUCCUGGAACAGCUCUCACACUUGUUAAACAUAGACGUCUCCAAGAAUGAAAACAGAGCUGAGGGCUCUGCUGAGGGGUCUGCUGGGGAGACUGAGGACAACGAUGAAGCUCAGGAGAACAAAGCCUCCAGCAAAACAGAGCCAGGGUUUCCCUCUGAGGAAGUGAAGUCAAGCCCUGCGGAAUCUGCGUUGGAGGUCUUCAAAGCUUUAUUCACACGGCCUCCUAAGAAGGAGUCCACUGCGGAUACUUCGGAGCUGGAAGCCAUAAAGCGCAAAAUGAGAAAUGAAAAAGAGUACUUGAAAGCUGUCUUUGAAAGGUCAAAAUCAAAACCUGGGGAUGGACCAGCAGACAAAUCUCCUGACCUGAGUCCCUCAGAGCAAGAUGACAAGACUCCAGGGAGACUCCAAACUGUCUGGCCACCACCAAAAGCAGAGCAUGAAGAAGUAAAAGUAGGAUUAAAGUACACAGAAGCAGAGUACCAAGCUGCCAUUUUGCAUUUAAAGAGAGAGCACAAAGAAGAAAUUGAAACAUUAAAGUCUCAGUUUGAGCUCAAGGUCUUCCAUAUCCGUGGAGAACAUGCUGUAUCCACUGCUCAGCUGGAGGAAGCCAUUGCACAGCUGAGGAAUGAGCUGGACAAUAAACUGAAGAGAAGGAAUGAGAAAGCAAAGGACAUUGCUGUUUCUACUGAGGAUGAGAACCCCCCAAAGACCUUCCGCACCGUCUGCAUCCAGACUGACAGAGAGACCUUCAUAAAGCCCAGUGAAGAGGAGAGCAGAACUGUCAAAAAUAACCAAAUAGUACCCAAAAAGCUCAACAUUUCUUCUUUGUCACACAAUACUUCUGCCCAAAGUGAAAAUAAGGACAGUUACAAUGCACAGUCUCCAGAAAGUGUCUUAAGUUCUCAAACAAAACAAAUGCUGCCCCCUCCUCCUCCUCCUCCUCCACCCCCUCCUCCCCUUCCUGAUUCUUCACUCCCAGGUCAAGUUCCUCCUCCACCACCACCUUUGCCAGCAGGUCCAACCUCAGUGACAUCUCAGCUCGGCUCUGGUCCCCCCUUGCCCCCUCCUCUACCUGAAGGCUGUAGGCAUUUCCAAGCGCCGCUGCCUCCGCCACCGCCCCUGCCAGGCCUGGGCCCUCCUCCUCCUCCUCCUCCACCACCUGGAUCUGGGUUACCUCCCCCACCUCCCCCUCUUGGGCCUGGGUUCUUUCUCGGUAGCACUUUAUCUUCACCCCAAGGUCCUCGCAAGCCUGCCGUUGAGCCCGGCCGCCCCAUGAAGCCUCUCUACUGGACACGGAUACAAUUACAGGAGAGCAGGAAAACUGCCAUGCCAACCUUGUGGGAAUCACUAGAAGAACCUGAUAUACUUGAUACUACUGAGUUUGAAUAUUUAUUCUCCAAAGACACCACUCAGGAAAAAAGAAAGCCAUUAUCAGAGACUUAUGAAAAAAAAACCAAAGCCAAAAAGAUUAUCAAACUCUUGGAUGGAAAGCGGUCUCAAACUGUAGGGAUUUUAAUAUCCAGUUUGCACCUGGAGAUGAAGGAUAUUCAACAAGCUAUCCUGUGUGUUGAUGACUCCGUAGUAGAUCUGGAAACACUGGAAGCACUGUAUGAAAAUAGAGCACAAAAGGAUGAACUGGAGAAAAUCAAGCAAUAUUAUCAGACUUCAAAAGAGGAGGAAUUGAAGCUACUGGAUAAACCAGAACAAUUUUUAUAUGAGCUGUCUCAGAUCCCAAACUUCCCAGAACGAGCUCAGUGUAUCAUCUUCCAGUCGGUGUUCUCCGAAGGGAUCACAUCAGUGCGCCGCAAAGUCGAUACCGUAACGCGCGUCUCCAAGGCCUUGCUGAACAUGACAAGUGUAAAGGAAAUUUUAGGACUGAUUCUGGCUUUUGGCAAUUACAUGAAUGGUGGAAACAGGACCCGAGGUCAAGCUGAUGGAUUUGGUUUGGAAAUCCUCCCCAAACUAAAGGAUGUCAAAAGCAGAGACAGUGGUAUUAAUCUCGUGGAUUAUGUUGUCAUCUAUUACCUCCGCCACUGUGACAAGGAAGCGGGAACAGACAAGAGUAUAUUCCCUUUACCAGAACCACAGGAUUUUUUCCAGGCCUCCCAAGUGAAGUUUGAAGACCUAAUAAAAGACUUAAGGAAACUGAAGAGAGAUCUAGAAGCCUCUGAAAAGCAGAUGAAGUUAGUUUGCAGAGAGUCUUCUGAAGAGCAUCUGCAGCCUUUCAAGGGGAAAUUAGAAGAUUUCUUCCACAAAGCUAAAGAAGAACAUAAAAAAGAAGAGAGCAGUUUGGAAAAUGCACAAAAGUGCUUUGAAGAAACUGUGGGGUACUUUGGGAUCAAGCCAAAGCCUGGUGAGAAGGAGGUCACACCCAACUACAUGUUCACCGUGUGGUAUGAAUUCUGCAGCGACUUCAAGACCAUUUGGAAACGGGAGAGCAAAAGCAUUUCCAAGGAAAGAAUUAAAGUGGCUCAGCAAUCAGUAAGCAAGUUAACUGCGGAGAAGAAAGUUGAAACGAAGAAAAUCAACCCCACAGCUAGCCUGAAAGAAAGGCUCCGUCAGAAGGAAGCCAACGUGACUGCCAACUGA